UCUGAGGAGCCCCUUCCACCAAAUUUCUUCCACACUAAAGACCAUCCAGAAUGGCCCGUACCAAGCAGACCGCUCGUAAAUCCACUGGUGGGAAAGCCCCCCGGAAGCAACUGGCCACCAAAGCAGCCAGGAAAAGUGCGCCCUCCACUGGGGGAGUGAAGAAACCUCAUCGUUACAGGCCUGGCACCGUGGCCCUUCGAGAGAUCCGGCGGUACCAGAAAUCCACUGAGCUGCUGAUUCGCAAACUCCCGUUCCAGCGUCUGGUCCGUGAAAUCGCUCAGGACUUCAAGACGGAUCUGCGGUUCCAGAGUGCUGCCAUCGGAGCCCUGCAGGAAGCCAGUGAGGCUUAUCUGGUGGGUCUCUUUGAAGACACCAACUUGUGUGCAAUCCACGCCAAAAGAGUCACCAUCAUGCCAAAAGACAUCCAGCUGGCACGUCGUAUCCGCGGCGACGGGCUUAACUCGUUGGCGGCUGAUAUCCGCUCACACGGUGUAUUAGAGUAGACUCUAGGUUUGUUUUUUUUUCCUACUCCUGUUUGUAGUGGCUAGGACACGGGGAGAUGUUAUAAACCUAUCUUAGUAAGAUGUAAGCGAUCAAGAGAGUUGAAUCCGUUUGUUCAUAAUGUACAAGCAAAAAAAAAAUUUAGAAAUUUACAAGACUUGGAUUUUUUUGUUUUGUUUUUGUAAACUUUUUUUCAGAAUUGCAAAAAAAAAUAUAUAAAACAAGGGGGAAACAUUUUUGAAAUAUCUGGUUUUAUACACAAAACUUAAGUAGAUGUAGGCAUAACAUAAGGAGCUUUUGGUCUUCAGUUUGUAAAAAUAUAUCUGCAAAAGAUCACGCUACACUAUAUUUUUCAUUAUUUGAUUUCUUUUUUUCCUUUGUAUUUAGAAUGGGCAUGAUAUUUAAACUUGUUUUCUUAUUUCCAUCUGUCUCGUGAAAUGUGACUUGGACCUUUGUAACUUUCAGGUUUCUUCACCCUGUGGUGGGAACAAAAAAAAAGAAAUAAAUGUUGAACAAUAA